UCUUUUGCUUUCAUCGACGCUUGAGGAGUUACUUAUUGUGACGAUUCGCUGAAAAAAGCUCCCAAUUUUUUCUGAUUACAAAGUUCCAAGCUGCCAUUAUGUCUGCGAUCAUAACAGCAGUUUUCAAAGCGACUAUUGGAUGGCUUGUGGAUAAAGGCAGAGAUGAGGCAGCAAAAAAGCUUAAAGAUGGCGACGUAACAGAUCAACAGUUUCGCGGCAUCAUCAUGCGAGAAAUCGAUGACGUGAAGUCCAAGCUGGAUGGAUUAUCAAGGAAAGAUUUAUCAGCGAGUAUUACAUUCUUUAGAGAAGGAAUCAAGUUCCUGUAUGAAGUCUUUGAAGAGAAAAGAUCGAUGAGUGAGUAUGGCGCAGAUACAGCACAAGCGGCUUGUGCGGAAGCUGUGUCACUCGCUGAAGGAAUGAAACACUUGGAGCUUACUAAAUCUGCCAAAAGACAGCUUGACAAUGCAAAGGAUAGAUUCAAAAGUGCUCGUGAAAUGGCAACAAUUGCUUUUUCAAAUGAAGCGCUAUCAAUAACUGACCGCAUCUUAGCAAUGCAGUACCGAGUCAUGGCAACAGUAUUCGAAACAAUAGACCAUCCCGCAGAUGCUGUAGCACCAUGUGAAGCGUGCAUUGAAGAGCUAAACGGUCUUCCCGUGGUUCAGCGAAGUUUGCAAGAACAGCUCAGGACAGGUAUCAUGGCAGUGAAGAGUUUAUUUAACAAAGAAGAACGACGGAAAGUUAUUUCCGGUGUCUGUCUUGUCAACCGCGUCGCCUACAAUGUCAAACAAACAGUACACGUCGAAAAAUCAUUUACAAAUGAACCAUUUGCAAAAGAAUUAUUACUACCAUUGUCCAUGAUUGAUACAGGGAAGGAGAAAGUUGAUCUGUUGCGAGACCGGAGAGUAAGAAAAAUACUUUGUAAACAGGGUAUGGAGAACUGUAGUGUAUUAUGGAUACUUGGUCAUGAUGGUGAAAAGAAGCACAGGUUAAAUAACCCGCUUGGUAUCGCUACCAACUCAAGCGGGCAAUAUAUUGUAGCAGACAAUAUUUCGACAAUCAAGGUGUAUGACAGCAGUGGCAAGUUUUUGCAAUGUUUCAGUCUUCCUCCUUUAAUUUAUGACAGCCGUAAAGAGCUAUCGAUUGAAUUCAGGGUUCAGCUAACCACAGACAUGAAUGAAAACAUUUAUGUCCUGGUCCAAGAAAUAAGUGGUGAGUACCCAUUCUGGAUUUUUAAGUUUAACAAAACCGCUGAUCAUCAUCACCAGUUUCGCGUCAGGAGAAUGGACCAUAAAUUUGAGCGGUGUGAACUGUCGGUCAGUGAUAGUGGUACAGUGAUGGUACUGAGGGGAAACUGGAGCGAGGCACAUAUUGUGGAUGUUUAUGAGACUGAUGGUAAGUUUGUCUGCAGUUUUGGAGAACAAAUCUUGACGAACCCCUGCGACAUCACCACUGUAAGUGAUGGCAGAGUUAUGGUGGUACAAGGCGAUCCGUCACGUGUUCACAUACUUAGCGAACAAGGUGACCAUCUAAACACGUUUGAUCUGCAAAUAUCUAUGGCGUUUUCAAACAUUGCAUUUCAUAGGGCAAGUCAACAUGUCGUGGUGGUCGGUGAUAAGGACUAUAAUUCAGACAUCUUGCAUAUAGAAAUUUACACCAAAGAUGGUGAGUUUGUGCGAAGUACUCCUGUCAAUAUGGGACAGUCCUAUCCUCUGCUGGGGAUGGCAGUGACCACUGAGGGCCGCAUUGCACUAGUAACUUGGCUUGAUGGUUUAGGACGAAAAGUAAUCAUUAUUUAAAAAUCACGCUUAGUUUACAGACUAAGUGCUUUGCAUCAAUAAUCAUGCAAUUAACAUAAUAAGCACAAUGCCUUUAUUUUCCACACAGCAUGAUGUAACUUAAGACUAAAGUUUUAUGUCCAAAAUGAAAGCUUUUAUAGCCUCAAUUUAUUAACUUUUGAUGCGUUGGAAUAUAAUUGAACUAAUGCGAUGCAGUUUUGAAAUUUUUCUUGGAAAAUAAGUAUUACAUCAUUGAUCAUGUAGGAAGUUUAUUGAUGGCUCUAGGCUUAGCUAGAGAUAUGAUGCCUAUUUGGAAACCAGCUUGUGGUCCUCACCUCUUUAGAUGUGUUAAUAAAAUUGCACAUUGUAACUGCCAUAUAUCUCUUUGUAAUGCGAGGAAAUAUUAUUUUAAGUCAUGGCAAGGUGACACGUCUGACACAGCGAUAAUCUGAGAUAUUUGUUUAUGAUUCUCUUUACCUAUUUACUGGAUAAUGUAUGGAUAUUUUGAGGAGAAGUUGAACUGAUGUGAUUCUCUUGUGUGUGUGAAAGGGGUUGAUAUCCAGUCUCUCUCACACGUAUGUGCGUCAUUUUAUAUUUUAAUCAUGGUGUUCUAUCUUUCGAUGAUUUUAACAUUAGCCUUUAUCCGUCUUUUCAGCGUAAUGCGUGGACAGUUACCGCUGUGAUAGGGCCAAUGUUUGCUUCAGUGGUUUGAGCACUUGUUCUUUUCUUGUCGAAUGUUUCAUUAAUCAAAUUUAGUAUUUUAUUUGGCUGUUGUUUCCUGCGUGACAGUUUUCAGACAAGACCAAUUUCUGCGGUGAACUUUGUCGCGUGAUAAAUUUAGAUGGCAAAAAAUGAGUAUAAUCAUCCUCGGAGAUCAAAUUAAACUUGUCAGUAAAUGCUAAUUAAUUCAUAGAGAGCGGAGCACGUGGGUGGGAUGAUGCGAACCUUUGCUCUGCUUGGCUACUCAAGCAGGCAAAAUGGAACUCUUGCCCGCAAACGAAAAUUGUAAUUUUUU